AUGAUGUAUAAUUUUAAUCCUCUUAUUGAUCGUUUACAAAUUCGUCUUGAUAUUGGUCGAACAGCCAAUGAAGGUUUUCUUCAAAUAUAUAAUUGGACACGUCGUGAUUGGUCAUAUGUAUGUUAUGAUACAUUUCGUCAAUUAUUUUCUUAUCGUUUAAUAUGUCAUCAACUUGGUUUACCAUGGAAAAAUAUUCUUGCACAUUCCGAUUCAUUUUAUUUAUAUGAUUAUCAAAAAUUACCUAUAUGGCAAGAAAAAAUUGAUUGUUUAGGUAAUGAACCAUCAAUAUCAUCAUGUUCAUUUACAAUUGAAAAUAAUAAUAUAUGUUCAAAAUUAUUUUAUAUAUCAUGUUAUGAUGAUAAUCUUCUUUAUACACUUAAUUCAAAUAUUCAACCAGAAUUUUCAAAUAAUCUUGGUGGAUAUCCAUUACCACAUUCAUCACCAACUUAUGAAAGUCCACAAUCUUGGAAUGGUAUUCAUUUUGCAAAUAGUGAAUAUGAAGAAGAUUUAUCAUCAUUAGAUUAUACAAGACAUGAUCAAUCAUUACUUCGUUAUGUUUUAAUAUCGGAAACAAAUGAUUAUCAACCAGCUAUACAAACAAUUUAUCGUACACCAGCUAUUGAACGUAUACAUAUUGAACAUAGUCGUCAAAUUGGUUUUGAAUUUCUUUUACCAAAACAAUCAAUUUUAUUUGGUUAUAGUCGUAUAACAAAUUCAUUAGAUUUAGCUAUUAAUGGUCUUGUUUAUUAUGGACAAUCAACACAUGAAAAAUCAACAUUUGAUUUAUUAUAUGAACAAAAUAUUAAUGGAAAACCAUUUAGUUUACUUAAUUUAUGUAAUGCACAUAGAAUAAUUAAUGUUAAAUAUCGUCUUAUAACAUAUUAUAAAUAUGAAUAUGAUUAUCGAACAUGUUCUAAAUUAUUUUGUUCGAAUAAUCCAUAUAAAAUUGGAAUAAGAUUUUUUCAAGUAAGAAAAAUAAACGAUGUAUCGGCAUUGAAUACACUUGUACUAAGUUUAUAAGAGAGAAACAGCUGACUCACAGGAUUCAAUAGAGUUCAUAGAAAUUCAAGAAAAUAACUCACGAGGGAAGGUCCCCAACUGAUCAAUGACUUUUGCGUUGAGACUAUGCGCAUUAUGUAGGGGAAGAAGAGUUAUGAACACUAAAAAAAGUUCGGGCUGCUAGCUUAUUGCUAUGGAGAUACUGCACUUUUACGGUAUGUUUAUAAAUGAAAGCUGUGGUCCCCCUCAGGAACACCGAAAAAAUUAUUUUCGAAUUUCGAAUUUCGACUUGAAACUUUACAUAUAAACAGACCUUACCGCGAAUAAUAUUUUGUAAAAGUUUCAGAUCUUUUUGUUGUUGUUAUCGGUAGAUACAACUAUGAUAAUGUCUUUCAGAUAAACCAAAAGAUUUGAUGUUGUCCUUUCAGGAUAAGAACAAAUAGAAAGACCUGAAAGUUUCAUAAAAUACUAUUCUCGGUAAGGUCUGUUUAUAUAUAAAGUUUCAAGUCGAAAUUCAAAAAUCAAUUUUUCCGGUGUUCCCGAGGGGGACCACAGCUUUCAUUUAAAAACAUACCGUAAAAGUGCAGUAUCUCCGUAGCAAUAAGCUAGCCGCCCGAACUUUUUUCAGGGUAUCCAUAACUCUUUUGUAC